CUAGCUAGCUAGCUCAUCCAUGGCGGCCCGCCCGGCGCUCGCUCGCCUCGACGUCUCGACGGUGGCCGCCGGCGCCGGCAAGCAGCAGCUUGUGCACGCUCGCCGCCGCCGCCGCCCGGCUCACGCUCACCGCCUCCCCGUCCCUGGCGCCGGCAGCGCGAUUCGUCUAGCCUGUUCUUCUCCAUUCCUGGGCGGCAGCAACGGUAGCCGCAGUCUCAAGCACAACGCGGCCGCGGGCGAGAAGUCCGCCGCCGACCACGCCGCCGGAGCCCUAGAAGACGAGCUGAUCCAGAAGGAGAACUCCGGCGGCGACGCUGCCGCCGGUGCCUCUCCUCCGUCAUCCUGCGACAACCACGGUGCUCCACAGCAAAUAGAGGUGACGGCUGAUACUAACGACGGUGAUAAGGAGAAGACGAAUGGUCCGGCACGAGAUGUACACAUCAAAGCUAAACUAUUAGGGUACAAUCUGGAGCCAGGAAGCGGCCCACAUUACAACCAUUUAGGCCCUGUUUAAUUCCCAAAACAAAAUUUUUCACACUGUUACAUCGAAUAUUUGGACACAUGCGUAGAGUAUUAAAUGUAGAAAAAAAAUCAAUUACACAGAUUGCAUGUAAAUUAUGAG